UCAGAGCUUUUAUUUCUAAAUUAAUUACAAAUCUAGAUAACUUGCUAUAAGUUCUUCUCACAUCAAUUGGAUUUUCUUCAUUUCGCCAACAUGUCUAUUGCACUUCGUAUGUUCAAACAAUCUUUGGAAUUGGUUCCAAAGAAAUCAGCCACUAUUUGGCUAUGGAAACGCAAUACUACUAAUGACUUUGCACGUGACAAGUCUGGUAAUCGUGAAGUGGUUGGUUAUGGUUACAAUGGUUCUCCAAACUAUUGUGAUCGCUUUGAUUAUCCAAUGCCUGCUAUACGUUUCCGUGAACCUACCAUUGAAAUAUGCAAGUUACGUGAGAAGGAGCGCGGUGACUGGCGUAAGCUAACCAUGGAUGAGAAGAAAAUCCUGUACCGUUAUAGUUUCUGUCACACUUUUCAGGAGAUGAAGGCUCCAACUGGUGACUGGAAAUUAAACGUUGCUUUUCUUUUUUGGGCGCUUGCAAUUGGUUUUCCAGUUUCUCUUAUCUAUGGGCUUUUCUUGUAUGGACCAUUACCGGUAACAUUUGAUGAAGAGCAUCGCCAAGCACAAUUUAAACGUAUCAUAGAUAUUGAAGUUAAUCCCAUAACAGGUAUCGCUUCCAAGUGGGAUUAUGAAAAUAUGGAUUGGAAGAAGUAGUCAUCUCCAAUUAAUUUUAUCAUUUAUGCUCAAUAAAGUUCAAUUUACUACAAACUGUCAUCACUUAAAAGUUACUUUAAAAAUAAAAACUAG